UCUCCAUACUUGGCGAUGGCUGCAAGGCCGCGCUGUGAUUGGCAGUUAAGCAGGGCCGUGGGUGUGGCUCCAACUUCGGAGCCGCUGACCCGGAUGUUCACUCCUAGGUCCUAAGGAAGUGGAGGCGCCGCCGGGCCUACGGGGCAUAGCGACUAGGAAACGGAGCCGAACCGGAGCGCAGCCCCGCCCCACCGUGACCCCUCCUACCGCGUCCGGCUCUAACCCACCGCAGCCAUGACUGAACAACAGCUGGACUGUGCCUUGGAUCUGAUGAGGCGUCUCCCUCCCCAACAAAUUGAGAAGAACCUCAGCGACCUCAUUGAUUUGGUACCCAGUCUGUGCGAAGAUCUCCUGUCUUCUGUCGAUCAGCCCCUGAAGAUCGCUCGCGACAAAGUCGUGGGAAAGGACUACUUGCUGUGCGACUACAACAGAGAUGGAGACUCCUACAGGUCACCGUGGAGCAAUAAAUACGACCCCCCCUUGGAAGAUGGAGCCAUGCCGUCGGCCCGCCUGCGCAAGCUGGAGGUGGAAGCCAAUAAUGCCUUCGACCAGUACCGAGACCUGUAUUUUGAAGGGGGCGUGUCUUCCGUGUACCUCUGGGACCUGGACCAUGGCUUCGCAGGAGUGAUCCUUAUCAAGAAAGCCGGGGACGGCUCCAAAAAGAUCAAGGGAUGCUGGGACUCCAUCCACGUGGUUGAGGUUCAGGAGAAAUCCAGCGGCCGCACCGCCCAUUACAAACUCACCUCCACCGUCAUGCUGUGGCUGCAGACGAACAAGACCGGAUCGGGAACCAUGAACCUGGGCGGAAGCCUGACCCGACAGAUGGAGAAGGACGAGACCGUGAGCGACUCCUCCCCGCACAUAGCCAACAUCGGCCGACUGGUGGAGGACAUGGAGAACAAAAUCCGAAGCACCCUCAAUGAAAUCUACUUUGGCAAAACCAAGGACAUAGUCAACGGGCUGAGAUCAAUAGACGCAAUUCCCGACAACCUUAAGUAUAGGCAACUCCAAAGGGAACUGUCCCAGGUGCUGACCCAACGCCAGAUCUACCUGCAGCCCGAUAACUAGACCAGGUCCGUCCAGUCGUUUGCGGACAAAUCGAAACAGGAAGCUCUGAAGAACGACCUAGUGGAAGCUCUGAAGCGAAAGCAGCAAAGUUAAACGUUCUGUCUGUCCCCCCCCUGCCCCCCCCCCCCCGCACCCCCCUUCUCAUUUCUUACAUGGUCUCUCCCACUUCAUCAAGGCCUCGGUUUUUAUUUUCUCUGUUCCAGUCGUUCUGCAUCACGUACAUCGUGCGUCGCCAUUGGCGCGUUUCGCUCCUAUUAAAUAAUGAAUUGUAUGAAUCUUUUACGGUCUGGGGCUCCUUUAUCUCCCCCCCCCCGCCCCCCAUUGUGUUCUAGGCUCCUCCUCCUCCACUCUCAGUGCUGAUCAUCCUCGCAGCCCCCCCUUUUUACUCUGUACUGUACAUACUGAUUAACCCCUUCCGCACCAGUGGGAACUGCACAACGCGACUGUCAGACCCUCUGGACCCAAGACGGACAGCUGAUUUCUAUAGAGGAUGGGAAAUUCUUCCAUUUGGUCCAUCGGAUUUUCCCCGACACCCGUAACGUCCUCACCUUUCCCUGGUGACUCUGGGAAUGCUUAGAGUAUGUUUUUUUUUUUCUGUUUGUUUUGUUAUAUAUAUAUUUUUUGUAAAGCUUGAAGUCUUCUCUAUGAGCCUUCCUGUACUAACAAUAAAAUGAUUCUAAAUACCUGUAA